CCUUGUUAUCGAGAUUAAUAUGUUUAAAUGAUAACUGUUUAGUGUUUGUCAAUCGAAUGAGUUUUUAUUUGGAUCGUGAUGGCAUCCAAAAAGGAGAAAUUAAGUGACUUUUUUUGCGAAAAUCAAGAAUUGGCUGAUAAUGGAGACUAUAAACAGAAAACGGAUAAAAGACUGUCUGUAGAAAGAAUCUAUCAAAAAAAGACUCAACUUGAGCACAUUUUGUUGAGACCAGAUACAUAUAUUGGCUCAGUCGAACCAGUUACUCAGUCUAUGUGGGUUUACGAUGGCCCGGAAACUGGGAUGAUAUUUCGUGAUGUUAGUUUCGUUCCUGGACUUUACAAAAUUUUUGACGAAAUUUUAGUUAAUGCUGCAGAUAACAAGCAAAGAGAUAAAAGCAUGGACUGCAUAAAAGUCGACAUUGAUCCCGAAAAUAAUAAAAUAAGUAUUUGGAAUAACGGUAAGGGAAUUCCCGUCGUCGAACACAAAGUAGAAAAGAUAUUUGUUCCGUCGUUAAUUUUUGGUCACCUUUUAACUUCGUCAAACUACAACGACGAAGAGAAGAAAGUAACGGGAGGAAGAAACGGAUAUGGUGCCAAACUCUGCAACAUAUUCAGUACUAAAUUUGUUGUGGAAACGUCUUCGAAAGAAUACAAGAAAAGUUUUAAACAGUGCUGGACUGAUAACAUGUCAAAAACAACAGAAGCUCGUAUUAUUCCGAAUAAAGGAGAAGAUUUCACGUGUGUUACAUUCUCUCCUGAUUUGAGCAAAUUUGGAAUGGAAGUUUUGGACAAAGAUACUGUCGCUUUGAUGUCGAGAAGAGUGUACGAUGUGGCAGGAUCUAGCCGGGGAGUAAAAGUGUACUUGAAUGGAAAAAGGUUACCGAUACGUGGAUUUAAAGAAUACGUUGAGCAGUACAUUAAAGACAAGAACGACGAACAAGGAAAUCCGUUAAAAGUUGUUUAUGAAAGUGUGAAUGACAGAUGGGAAGUGGCUGUGACAAUGAGUGAAAGAGGUUUUCAGCAGGUGAGUUUUGUAAAUAGCAUUGCUACUACUAAGGGUGGACGUCACGUGGAUUAUGUGACAGAACAGAUUGUCAGCAAACUUGCAGAUGUGGUGAAGAAGAAAAAUAAGGGUGGUGUUCAAAUAAAGCCCUUCCAGAUAAAAAAUCACAUGUGGGUAUUUGUUAAUUGUUUGAUUGAAAAUCCCACAUUUGAUUCACAAACUAAAGAAAACAUGACACUUCAGGCAAAAAAUUUUGGUUCUAAAUGUCCACUCAGUGAUAAGUUUUUUAAUCAAGUGAUUAAAUGUGGAAUCAUAGAAUGUAUCAUGUCAUGGGUAAGGUUUAAAGCUCAAACAGAACUUAAUAAAAAGUGUAGUGCCACAAAACAUUCUAAGUUACGGGGAAUACCGAAAUUAGAAGACGCUAACGAUGCCGGUACGAAAGGUUCCAUAGACUGUACUCUUAUUCUGACGGAAGGUGAUUCGGCAAAGACGCUUGCCGUUUCUGGAUUGGGUGUUGUCGGAAGAGACAAGUACGGAGUGUUUCCGCUGAGAGGGAAAAUGCUAAACGUUCGAGAAGCUACUCACAAACAGAUUUUAGAAAAUCAAGAAAUAAAUAACAUAAUUAAAAUUAUGGGAUUGCAGUAUAAGAAGAAAUACGAAAGCAUAGAUGAUCUUAAGACGUUGAGAUACGGAAGGCUGAUGAUCAUGACUGAUCAGGAUCAGGACGGUUCACACAUUAAGGGACUGUUGAUCAAUUUUAUUCAUCAUAAUUGGCCAAGUUUGUUAAGACUGCCAUUCCUGGAAGAAUUUAUCACCCCGAUUGUGAAAAUUUCUAAAGGCAAAGAAGAGAUGUCUUUUUACAGUUUACCAGAAUACGAGGAAUGGAAACAACAAACUCCAAACUGGAAUACAUGGAAGAUAAAGUACUACAAAGGUUUGGGCACAAGCACUUCUAAAGAAGCAAAAGAAUAUUUUGCAGAUAUGAAUCGACACAGGAUAAAAUUCAAGUACGAAGGAACUCAAGACGAUAAUGCCAUUCAACUUGCAUUCAGUAAGAAGUUGGUAGAUCAAAGAAAAGAGUGGCUAACAAAUGGCAUGGAAGAGAGAAAGCACAGAAGAGAGCUUGGAUUGCCCGAGUUAUACCUUUACGGAAAAAACACAACAAACAUUACGUUCAACGAUUUUGUGAACAAAGAACUGAUUCUUUUCAGCAACAUGGAUAACGAACGUUCGAUUCCCUCGCUUGUCGACGGUCUGAAACCGGGACAGCGCAAAGUGAUGUACACUUGUUUCAAGAGAAACGACAAACGAGAAAUAAAAGUGGCCCAGUUAGCUGGUUCUGUAGCAGAACAUUCUGCAUAUCAUCAUGGUGAAUCUGCUCUGAUGGGAACAAUCAUUAAUUUAGCUCAGAAUUUUGUGGGAAGUAACAACAUUAAUCUUUUGCAACCAAUUGGACAGUUUGGUACGAGGUUGCAAGGGGGGAAAGACGCAGCAAGUCCCCGUUAUAUUUUCACAAUGCUGAGUCCACUAGCAAAGCUGAUAUUUUCACAGUUGGACGAGCCACUACUCGUUCACUUGUUUGAUGACAAUCAACGUAUCGAACCUGAAUAUUAUAUUCCCGUCAUUCCUAUGGUACUGGUGAACGGGUGCGAAGGUAUAGGUACAGGUUGGAGUACAAAAAUUCCUAAUUACAAUCCUAGAGAAAUUGUUUCAAAUAUUCGAAGGAUGCUGAAGGGAGAGGAACCGGUUAAAAUGAAUCCGUGGUUUAAGAACUUCAAAGGAGUUAUAGAGCAGUUAGAUAAUCAGCGUUAUGUUAUUAACGGUGAAGUGUCGAUUUUGAGUUCGAAUAAAUUGGAAAUCACUGAACUUCCGGUUCGUACUUGGACUCAGACUUACAAAGAACAAGUGCUGGAAACGAUGCUUCACGGAAGUGACAAAGUUCCAUCUCUUAUAACAGACUAUAAAGAAUAUCAUACAGAUAGUACAGUGAGAUUUGUUGUGACAAUGAACGAAGAGAAACUUUCAAAAUCAGAAGAACAGGGACUUCACAAAGUUUUUAAGUUGCAGACUACACUUUCAACUUCAUCUAUGGUUUUGUUUGAUCAUAAAGGUUGUUUACGUAGAUACGAUUCUCCAGAAGAGAUUCUUAAAGAAUUUUUUGAGGUACGUCUGUCUUGUUACGAAAGAAGAAAGGCUUAUUUAGAGGGAAUGCUUACAGCAGAGAGCAAAAAAUUAGAUAGCCAGGCUCGCUUUAUUCUUGAGAAAAUUGAAGGUAAAAUAAUAAUAGAGAAUCGCAAAAAGUCAGAACUGAUUAGAACUUUACAGGAAAGGGGCUAUGAAUCAGACCCUGUAAAGUCUUGGAAAGAAUCACAGAACAAAAAUACUGACAAUGAAGAAACAAAUGAAGAUGAUGAAGAAAGGGACAGUUCAGGUCCUGAUUAUGACUAUCUCUUAGGUAUGAAUCUGUGGAGUUUAACAAGAGAGAGGAAAGAUGAACUUUUAAAGAAGCGUGAUGAUAAACGGGCAGAAUUGGAAGCCUUAAGAGAGAAAACACCUGCAGAUCUGUGGGAAGACGAUUUAACAAACCUUAUGGUCGAACUAGAUCGUGUUGAAGAGAAGGAAAGAGAAGAUGAAAUAAUUGGUGGAACUAAAAAGGCAAUAAAAUUGGGUAAAUCUGGAAAGGGUCGUAAAGUUGCACUGGAGGAAACUAAACCUUCACCCAUGGGUCAGAGAGUGAUUCCACAUAUUGAUCCAGAUUUGAAGAAGAGAGCAGAGAAAACACCUUUAGGUACUGGAGAAGGUAAAAGAAGAGGGAAAGGAAAGAAAACUGACUCUGAAUUGAUUAAAGAACUUUGUGAAAAUGGUGAAGAAGGCCUUGGGAAUUCUGAUAAGUCCAAUAAAAUGAAAAAGAAAUUGAAAUGUAGUUCCACAUUAUUAAAAGCUGUCAAGAAGUCGGGUUCUCCUAAAGGUAAUAAGAAAGGGCCUAAAAGAAAUCCGUGGUCUUCUGAAUCAGAUGGUAAUGAAUCAAAUAAUUCUGAUGUGGAUGAUAUUACAAUUCCUACUGAAAAGAGAGAUGUGGCACCAAGAAGAGCUGCUGCUGCUGCUCGAGCCAAAUAUACUUUUGAUAGUGAUGAAGAUAUAGAUGAACAAAAUAAACUGAAAUUUAUAUCUGAAAAUAGUGAUAUGUCUGAUUUUGAAAAUGCUAAAGUUCCAACUUAUGUAAAUAAUGCAAAAAUUUCAGAAAAUAAUGUAUUUUCUGAUUCAGAAAAAGAAGAAAAGAAAGCAGAUGAUAAAGUUAUUUCUUUAUCUGAUGAUAGUGAUGACAGUUUUAAAUCGGUCCAGAAACCAAAAUCUCUACAAGAAAAUGAAAGAAAAACUGCUUUUGUUACUACAGACAAUAAGGAAUCUUUGUUUGAUUCUCUCUUCUCUAAUGAGAAAAAAAAUAAUGUUACAGAAGCAAAUGAAAAUAUUUGUGAUUUGUCUGCUGUAUCUAAUUCUGAUGACGAUGGUUCAGGUGUAGAACUUAUUAUAGAAAAAGAAAAGAAACAACAGAAAAAACGACCUAGGAAGAAAGUUUCUUCUGAGGAAUCUGAUGAUGAUUUUAUGCCAAAACCUAAAAAACCUACUGCAGGUUUAAAAAAAUCAGUACCGGCACCUAAGAAAAAAAAUAUGAAGAGUUUAUAUGAGGAAGAUGGAAAUUUAGAAAAAGAAAUAAAAUCCAAAAAAGUUUUGAAAAAAACUGAAUCAGAUGUUGAACAGGAAGAUGGUUUUCCCGAUACCUAUACAGCUGUGCAGAGAUCCCGAUCUGCUAGAUCACGAGCCCCAAUUAAAUAUAAUUUUGGAGAAGAUUCAAGUGAAGAAGAAUUUUAAGAAAUGAUUAAAAUUUUCAUUUUAAAAAGGAUGAUCAAUGCAAAAAUUGUACUUAGUGUUUGUACGGAAUUAACAUCCUUUAUAUGUUUUCCGUCAAUAAACAAACUAUAAUGUGUUUUAGAGACUUUUACAUAAUUUUUAUUUUAUUCUGUAAUCAAAACUUGUUGGUGAUGUUAGUAUUUAUUGUAUUGUACUGUGAAUCUUAGAAACAUUCCUAAAAGUCAUUGAAAUUUGGGAUUUAAUGUAUUCCCAACCAUAAGUUAUCAUUAGGAGGUGUUUUUAAUGUCUGAUAGUGUGUAUGAUUAAUGUUAUUGAUAUUACCAAUUGACAGUUUUAUGACAUUGUAUGUCAAUUUUAUCCAGAUUUUUUGUAUGCUGCAUACAAAUUCAUUGCAUUUCAUUUUAACAUAUU